AAAAUUACCUAUUAGUUAUUUAGUGCUUACAUUUUUUUUUUUUGUGAAUAAUAUAGUAUAUUCUAAUACUUGUGUAAUAAUUACUUAACUAUGCGUUUAAACAAUGUUUUGAAUUUUCGCGAUAUGCGUCGAUAUACAAAAAAUCCUCUUGAAGUUAAAUUCGAAGAACUGUUACCGCUUAAAUUGAAAGAUAAAGUAUCUGGUAAAGGAGACAGGUCCAAAGAACGAGCAUGUGUUCAUGAAAUAUCUGUUAUGUUUGCCUGUUUUAAAAAAAAUGAAUUUGACCAAGCUCUUUGUUCAGAUGAAAUUACCAAGUUUCAAGCAUGUGCAACUAAAAAUUAUGCUGACAAGUUUAAAAGAAAACAAGACAGGCAAGAAGGAAAUAUUUCUGUGGGGAAGGAUAAUCUUACACCUAGAGAAAUCAAUUAUCUUCUAAAAAAAUAUCCAAAUCCAUAAAACUCGAUUUUUAGAAUUUGUAUUUAGGUAUAUAGGACCUACAUAUUAGUUAAUUAAACUUUAAUAUUUAUUUAAAAUGUAUAAUAUAUUUGUUAGCAUUGUAUUUCA